CCAAAGCGAGGCAAAAGAGCAUACGGGGCUUUCUUUGACGUUCUGGAGGAGACUUUUCAGCACAACCUCUCAGACAUUCUCUAUCCAGGGGGCAAGAAAGAUUUAUUUGAAAACAGGAAGUCUGAAAGGUUUCCUUUCAUAAAGAGUGCGUCGGCGACAGUGGAACCAAACAGAGAAAUUGUGAAACCCCCGCUGAUGCGGAGUAUGUCAGCAGAAGUUAGGCGAGAACCCGUGGAAUCGAUCAGCGAGUUUCAGGAACAGUCCUUUACGUGUGAGCUACCCCUGGAGGAAAAAGAUUUCCAGAACUUAUCCAUUGUAGACGAAGAGUUCAUCUUACCAGAGAAAUGGCCUUCAGAAACGGAGCAUGCCCAGUCAUUAAAUUUCAAAGUCCACAGAUCUCGAAGUUCAUCAGCUCUUUCUAGCCUUAAUGUGUCCCCUAAGUCGGAGGUCUAUCCUAUGGUGAAGAAACCUCGGGGAAGAUUAGUCAUCAUCAACAACUUCAAAUUUGGCAGACAGGAAGUGGACGUAGAGAGAAUGGGGAGAUCCCAACAAGAUGCCACUAGUUUGGAUUUGCUCUUCAAACAACUUCAUUUCCGAACAAAACAACACAGCAAUCUAACAUUAGAGGAACUUUCUGCCGUACUGGAGAAGGAGCGAACAUGUGACCACGCCUCAGUUGAGUGUUACGUAAUGGUCGUUAUGUCACGUGGUGACGGAGACCACAUCUAUGGUGUGAAUGGUUAUAAGAUAUGUAUAGACACCAUCAUUUCAAUGUUUGACGAUGAACAUUGCAGCAGUCUAAGAGGGAUUCCGAAGAUAUUUAUUUUCCAAGCAUGUGAUGAUGCAAAAUCCAAAUCAGUGGAUGAAAUAAAAACGGCUACCGAAAACCUGACAUCUAUGGUAUCUUCUUCAACGACGUCUGACCAAGCUGUGAACAUGAGGGCCGACAUGUUCGUUGUUAGGGCAACGCAAGAUGUGGCAGUGGAUUAUCAUGGCGUGUUUGGCUCCAGAUUUAUACAGUCUUUUGUAUAUCUCAUGCGCAACUUAGCAUUCAAAGAAGACUUCGAAGAAAUUAUUAAAAAGAUAAAUCUUCUGAAUUCGGUCAGUGAGCCAGAGAUAGUGGAAUAUGCCAGUUCAUUUUCAAGAAAACUGUUUUUUAAUCCUUGACCAUUUACAAUCUGAGACAGAGGACAUGCUUUAUGUAUUUCAUUGGAGUGAAUGAUUUGGUGUGUUGUGACUUCAAUGAAUUUUACGUCCAUACAGACUACACACAUCACAGUUUUAUACUAAGUGCAAUAUCAUUUUCCUUUUAUUUAUA